AAGCUUUGCAAAACCCUCUCAAUAAUUCUCCCACAACAAACCAGCCUAUAGCCCCCUAACCCUACUAUUUUAGCCAUUUUCUGCAAAUUUUAAAGUAAUAUAUAGUACUCAUAAAUAGUUCAUUUGUCUAACUCUAACCUUACCAAUUUGACAACACAGGAUCAACAGAAGUCUUUCACUUUGACUCUGGUCCUUUACCCUACAAUCCCAUUAUUUUGCUCUAACAUCACCUUUUUUGAUUGUCUCCCCUCCACCUUUUCACUCCUACAUAUAUCCUCUCUUCGCUGCCAUUUCUCCUUAUAACAAACCCAAGUGCCAAAUCCUCAAUUGGUGAAGCAUUACCCUUUCUCUCUAUAGCAAAGCCUCUUUCUAAACACAAGCUCUGUUGAAGGAGAUGGCUGAGUUUCAGAAGCCUAGCAUGUACAUAGACCACAACCCCUCGACCAUUGAAAACGGCGAUUUCCGCAAGAACGUGGACGACGAUGGUCGCCCUAAAAGAACUGGGACGUGGGUGACUGCUAGUGCACAUAUCAUAACUGCUGUGAUUGGUUCCGGUGUGCUAUCUCUGGCAUGGGCAAUAGCCCAGUUGGGUUGGGUUGCCGGACCGGUUGUUCUCAUGCUCUUCUCCUUCAUCACUUACUUCACCUCCACCCUGCUCGCCGACUCUUACAGAUCUCCGGACCCUGUCUCCGGCAAGAGAAACUACACCUACAUGGAUGUCGUACGAGCAAAUCUAGGAGGCAGAAAAGUUCAGCUAUGUGGGUUGGCUCAGUAUGGUAAUCUCAUAGGUGUUACCAUCGGUUACACAAUCACUGCUUCCAUCAGCAUGGUGGCGGUGAAGAGGUCGAAUUGUUUCCACAAACAUGGUCAUCAUGUGAAGUGCCACACGUCGAAUAACCCAUUCAUGAUAAUAUUUGCUUGCUUCCAAAUCUUGCUCAGCCAAAUACCAAACUUCCAUAAGCUCUCAUGGCUCUCCAUCCUCGCAGCCGUCAUGUCGUUUGCCUACUCUUCCAUUGGCCUCGGCCUCUCAGUAGCCAAAGUCAUAGAAGGACCACCUGCAAGGACAGCCUUAACUGGAGUUACGGUGGGAGUGGACGUGUCUGGCUCUGAGAAAGUUUGGACGACAUUCCAAGCCAUUGGAGACAUUGCUUUUGCCUAUGCCUACUCUACCGUUCUUGUGGAGAUACAGGACACAUUGGGAUCACCUCCGGCAGAAAACAAAUCCAUGAAGAGAGCAACUAGCGUUGGCAUCACAACCACCACAGUGUUCUACGUCCUGUGCGGUUGCGUUGGUUAUGCAGCAUUCGGGAACGAUGCACCAGGAAAUUUCCUCACCGGGUUCGGAUUCUACGAACCCUUUUGGCUAGUUGACAUUGCCAACAUCUGCAUCGCCAUCCACCUCAUUGGUGCCUACCAAGUCUUCUGCCAGCCCAUAUACGGGUUUGUCGAAAGCCAGUGCGCCAAACGCUGGCCUGAAAGCAAGUUCAUAAACAAUGAGCACGCCAUUAAUAUCCCUUGCUGCGGUGUAUACUAUUUCAACUCCUUCAGACUGGUGUGGAGGACUGCGUAUGUGGUGAUGACAGCAAUCCUAGCCAUGUUGUUUCCGUUUUUCAACGACUUCUUGGGUUUGCUCGGAGCAGCGUCGUUUUGGCCACUGACCGUCUACUUCCCAAUAGAGAUGUACAUUGCGAGGACAAAAAUGCCAAAGUUCUCAUUCACCUGGACUUGGAUGAAGAUUUUGAGCUGGAUUUGCUUGGUGAUAUCACUUGUUGCAGCAGCUGCAUCAAUUCAGGGUCUGGCAACAGAUGUGAAGAAGUACAAGCCCUUCCAAACCGAGCAAUAAUAUUGCUUCAAUUAGUACCAUAGCUGAUCAUAUAGGGUUGAGUAGGGUACUGUGUGAUUAGUUCCUUCCAGUAAAACCUUAGCCAUAUGAUUAAGAGCGUAUUUUAAUAAUCUCCACCAAAAGUUUGAAGCUAUCAAACUGGGUUAAUGUUUCAAGUAUUUGUCAACAAAAAAAAAAUGUAAAAUAGAACAGUCUGGUUCCCUCGAUCAGUUCAAGAUCAACCAAGUUCCUCUCAA